AUGUUAAAUAAAGAAGUAAAGAAGAAUAAAUCAAAUUUAAGAAAAGAAAUGAUGGAAUAUGGAAGGAACAAACGAUAGUAAAAUAGAAGUCAAACUCCUAUAAAUGAAGACAAAAACAGUGAUCGAAAAGAAUAGGUUAAAAAAUCCAAAAGCCCAUUAAUGGAACGGCUAUCUAUGGGAUAAAAGGCAAAGGUUGAAGAAAAAGAAAUGUUUGCAUUAACCAAAAAAAAUUAUGAGAAUAUACCUGAAGUUAAAAAAAAGAAGAAUUAAGAGGAAAUUAUCAAAUAAAAACAACAAUUCAUGAAAGAAAGAUAAAAUAAAUUGAAAGAAUUAGAUGAUAAAAUUAAAGAAAAAAUGAAAAAGCCAUGAUUUGAAAAUUAAUAAAGUGUCUAUAAGUCUACUAUUUAUUAACUACUCAACUUUUAUAAUAAGCAUA